GUGGACAUGAGACAGAAAAUAUUCCACUAGAGAAACAAGAUAUUAAUGAAUCUCAUGCUAUGCCAUCUCAACAUGAAGACAAGCCAAAUAUGGUAUCUUUUUUCAACCAAUAAAUCUUAUGAAUUUGAUGAUAAUUUGGUGCUGGACAUUUGUUGAUGAUUGUACCUAUAAAUUAAUCCACAAGGUUCUGAUGAAGCAAUUCGUAGAAUUGAGAAAUCAAUAACAAGUCUUAGAGAUGAAAUGCUAGUCAUGCAGAAAACUGUGAUUGAGCAAUCAAUAACAAGUGUUAGAGAUGAAAUGCUAGUCAAGCAGAAAACCGUGGCAGACAUUGCAAACAAUAUGGACACAUUUAAGAAUGACAUUCUUUUGGAGUUAAAGAAAAUAGCAAGGGAACAUAAUGGACAUUCCAAUGACCUCAACUUAAAUGAUAUUGUAGAUGUUAAAGAAGAAAUGAAGUCUGCAUCUCCGUAUAUAAUCCAAGACACAAUGGAUCAAGAUGAUACAGUAUGUGCUAAAAAAGAAUCUUAGAUAGAGUCUACAUCUCCAAUUCAAGACAAAAUGGAACAAGAUGAUACAGAGCACAUUAAAAAAGCAUCUAAGAUAGUGUCAAUGGAGGAAGACUGCAAUGUUCACAUUGCUGGGCUAACUCAAUCUAAUCAAAAACCUGGCAGCAAAACACCCUUGUCUCAUAAUGUGGAUGUGGAUAUGCUGCAAUUAACUUUCCCUCAUAAUGUUCAACUUAAUGCAUCAUGUGUUACACCUUCUAGCAAGCCUAAAGUCACCAGAUCACAAAAACAUAGCCCAAUUGUCACAUUACAAGCUGAAGUUCCAAAAGUCAAAAAGAGGAAAGAAAUCACAGAUUCAUUGCAGGAAUCUAUACUGGGUGAUGACGAGGAUAUGAAUGAGUUCGAACCAUUUACUAAAAUGGAGAAGAUCAUAUGUAACUACAUUUUUAAUAAAAAUUUUGAGAAGAGUGAAGUUCUUGUUUCCAUGAAAUAUGAGUAUGGUGAUCGUGCAGCUUUCAAUACCUUGCUCCCUAACCAAUGGAUAAGCAGUCAGAUUAUUAAUUUGUUCGUUUGCAAGAUGAGGAUGGAAGAGAACAGAUAUAGAGACAUGUUUGUGUGGUAUUUGCCAACGCAUUUUGCUCAAAAAAUGCUCGAAGAAGAUGGCAAUCCCGCACUAGAAUGGUUUAAAAAGACAUAUAGGGACGAUGACAAGUAUAUGUCAAAUUUGGUGAAGUGUGAAUGGAUUUUUAUCCCUAUGAAUGACAAUAAUUGUCAUUGGUACUUAUGUGUCGUUGAUUUUGCAAAAAGAUUUAUAUAUAUACUGGACUCUUUGCAAAGCACAACUAGUCAAGACAUUCAAACAAAAAAUGUUAAAAUUGUGGUUACAGGCCUUGAUAAGUUGUUGAGUUUUUUGGAGAAAGACAAGUAUAUUGAUAGUAUUACCAAAUUUAGAUUGAAAUCACCCAACUCGAAUCCUCAACAAAAUAAUGGGUAGGUACCAAAUUGUACUAGUACAUAUGGAUAACUAUUCUAUGCAUUUUUCAAAUUGCAGAAUUUUAACAAUUUUCAUUUUUCAGGUAUGAUUGUAGGAUGUAUGUUAUAAAACGCAUGUUUACAAAUACUUCCAGCAAGCAUAUACCCCUUUUGGUAAAAAAUUUCUUUGAAUUAAAUACAAAUUUUCACAUAAUUUGUUUAAACUACUUCUUAAUUACAUGUCUAAUUAUUUGUAGGAGAGCUGGUCGGAACGUUUACGGUACAAGUUGGCAACAAGUCUAGUGCAUUCAAAGAAUAAUGAUCAAUGUUCGAGAAUUGUUGAAAUUGCUAGAAACAUUCCACUAUAGGAAUAUUUUCGGUCACUCAAAGAUUAGUAUAAAAGAAUGAAUAGGAUAUUGUUUAUGAGUUAGUGAUUUGGUGAAUUGAAUUUUUUUUUUUUUCUAAUGAAUGGGAGAUUGAAUUUUUAUCUUUCAUACAGCAAUUUAGUAAAUUGUUUUUUAUUUUUCUAAUGAAUGUGAGGCUGAAUUUUUAUUUUUUGUUAUCACAUACGUUUGUGCUGUGUGCACAAACUGUUUUGAUUUCAGUUGCUCUGUUUUGUUAAUUAUUAAUUUAUUUUGUUAAAAAUAAUAGAUCUUUUGAUAAUCAGCUAUAUGGAUUCAUUUUGCUUAAACUAUCUAUUGUGUUUUCGUUGUUUUCAUUUCUCUGGUGGUAGUGCCAGUGGCUGUAGAUCUUUGAAUUUUAAUUAUAUAUGAUUCCUCACAUUUCUUUGGGUCAUGUCUGGUGGUGCAGAUCUUUGAGACAAGUAGUAAUAUUUCUUUGUUUACUCUCUACUAUAUACCAAAUCUUGGCUUUCUAUAUGAUUAUACACAUUUUUUAAAUUCUUAUAUGUUUUAAAAAUGUGAGAUGAUGAGAUUUCUUAUAUGGUGAAGGAGCUAUUUGUCAACUCAAAGUUAUAAACUUCUUAUGCUUUCUUCU